CCAGAAUCAUGGAGACCCCAUUGGGCAGAACUGAGACCCCCCCAGAUACCAAGACCCACCCGGAUACCACCAGGACCCAUAUGGAGACCACCAGAAGCCCAUUAGAAGCUAUUGAGACCCAUCCAGACCCUAAUUUGACCCCCAAGGAGCCAAUGGAGUGCCCCCAUGGUACCACCCGACCCCCACCGACCCGUUGGGGUAUAUGUUCAGCUGGUAAAAUCAGCCAUGACUUCCUGGUGGCCCUACGCACUCUGCCCGCCGAGGAACAUAUAGCCGUGGCUGUGGCAGCGCGGGAGCUGACCCGUGCUCAGCAAUACGCAAAGCUCCAUGGGGUGGAACGAGCCUAUGGGAGCUACGAGGAGCUGGCGAGAGACCCCCAAGUGGACGUGGUCUAUGUGGGCACCGUGAACCCCCAACAUCUCCCUGCCACCCUCCUGUUCCUGCGGGCCCGCAAGGCCGUGCUGGUGGAGAAGCCAUUGGGGGUCACCGCCUGCGAGGCCAACAAGAUGGCGGCGGCCGCCAGGGAGGCCGGAGUCUUCCUGAUGGAGGGCUUCUGGACCCGUUUCUUCCCAGCCUGGAAUAGGCUGAAGGCCCUGGUGGAUGGGGGGUCCUUGGGGGACUGUAGGGUCCUACAAGGCGCCUUGGCUUUCCCAUUAAGUGCAGUGGAAAGAUUAAGGGAACCCAGUUUGGCUGGGGGGGCCCUAUUGGAUCUGGGGGGUUAUGGGUUACAAAUGGCCAGCGCCUUAUUGGGGAGGGGGCGGCCACCCCUACGGCUGAGGGCUGAAGGUUGUCUGCACCCAUCAGGUAAGGGAGGGGUCCUAUGGGGUUUGGAAUGGGGGGGGGGAGUCUCACUGGGGUGA